CACAUAAAUUAUUUCACCUGAUUCUUAAGACAAUCCUAUGAGGGAGGGGAGAGUAACAUAAGUGGGAAUAAAAUUUUCAUAUGAAGUAUCUGGCAAAACUAGGACUAGAAUUCAAGUACUUUCUGUGUAUUUGUCAUUUGAGCACCAUAAUAGUUGAUAAUUCUUUAGUCCAUACUUUAGUAAGUAUAUGAAAGCAUUAGAGAAGCUAUGGGAGUAGGGAGCCCUAGACUGGGCCCUUUUCUUGGGCCCAGUGCCCCAGGUUACACUACAUAGUGAGAGGGUGGGUGUCAGCAGCUGUAACUAACUUCCUUGUUAGAAGCCUGCUAAGAAUUGCAUCAUAGCAACCCUUGGCAGCUUUGUGAAAAUGUCUGCUGUGGUGGUGAAGAAUAAAUGGUAAAGGAUGGUAAAGGUAAAUGAUAAGCUCGGAAGAUAAAAUAACAGUCCACUUCAUAAACCGUGAUGGUGAAACAUUAACAGCCACAGGAAAAAUUGGUGACUCUCUGCUAGAUGUUGUGGUUGAAAAUAAUCUAGACAUUGAUGGUUUUGGUGCAUGUGAGGGAACUUUGGCUUGCUCUACUUGUCAUCUUAUCUUUGAAGAUCAUGUAUUUGAGAAGUUAGAAGCAAUCACUGAUGAGGAGAAUGACAUGCUUGAUCUGGCGUUUGGACUAACAGACAGAUCACGGUUGGGCUGCCAAAUCUGUUUGAAAAAAUCUAUGGACAAUAUGACUGUUCGAGUGCCUGAGACAGUGGCCGAUGCCAGACAAUCCAUCGAUAUGAGCAAGAAUUCCUAAGCUAGAAUAAAUAGGAAUAUUUUCAAAAGUUUACCUAUUUUUAUAAUUAUUAUUUCAUAAUAUAAUUAAAUGAGAACAUGGGUGAAUGAAUCUAUUAUUAUGACUAGCUUUACUGUUGUAGUUCAUUUUGUAGAACUAUUAAAUUUUGUAGUUCUGAAAGUAUGCAAUUUUUAUUUUGGUUAGUUAUAGAAAUGUCAAUCAAAUAUUAGAAAAUAGUUAAUAUGAUAAAACCUUACAUAUUUUACCUUAUGUUUCUUUAGCAACUUUAGCAAAAUGUUUUCACAUAAUCUUAUGUCUGUUUACCUAGAAGGUAGGUUAACAACAACAACAAAAGAUAUUAUUAUCCUUGUUUGAUGUAGAGAGGACAGAGAGCUAAAAUGGCUUAUCUAGGGCCAGACAACUAAUUAGAAAGUGCACCAGAACCUGCGUCUUGUCACUACAAGUCACAUGUUCUGACUGAAAAAAAAUCUCAGACUGAAACUGAAGAAAUUAUGAAUAUCUUAUUUUUAGCAGAAAUUACAUGGGAGUAAGUAUGGGCAGAAAUAUUGGUGAACUGCUUGAUUUCAAAGAAGCAAGCCUUUAUGUGAGAAGUGUAAGUCUGAACACUGGCAGAGAAGUUUGAUCUCUUCUGACCAAACUAGAGGAAUAAAGUAAAAUUAGAUGUCUUUUUUCAUUUCUGUUCUAAGCAGAAUGGUCUCUCUUUGUAAUCUUUCUAAAGUAAUGCAGAUUUAUAAAUCUCUGCCUGUAACAGAAUGGAAAUCUUAUGAAUUAGGCUUCUCUGUCUUAAACCAGAGAAGGGAAUGAGCAGGCUGCUGUACUGCACAGCCCCAGGUGGCGCCGUCCUCUCAAGCAAGGACGGAGCUUCGGGGUGAGAUGUCCCAAAGAAGGAAUGUUCUCAGCACCACCCGUUACCUGUUAUGUGUGGAAAACAUUUGUAUCCUUAUCUUUACUAUCAGCAAAUUCAUGAAACAUAAUAAAGAGGUGCACAGUAUGUGCUUUAGAAAUAUAAAACAUCAACUAAUUUGGAGUAAUGGUGAGGAGCAGAACAAAUUAGUUAAAAAAAAAAAAAAAAAAGAAUUAUGACAAGUGAGUUAGCUUUCAAGUACAUCACCGUAGUUUGAUAAUUUGUAUAAAUAUUCCUCAAGUUCAUACAGCAUUAUGUUAUGCCUGCUGGAGGAUGCCAAAGUGAACAAGUCAAGGAGUGCCCUCAGGGAGGUCACCUUUUAUUAGGAAAAGAUAAAACGUAUGUCUGCACAAUUAUUUUCCCUGAACUGACCAAUUUGCCAAAUAGAAUUUUAAACUAAUUAAUAUGUAAAAAGUGAUUAGGAAGAACUUGAGGUGUCUAGUGUUCAGUUGACUCUUAAUAACUCUAGAAUGCUUUUUAUGUGGAGAGUGCUAUACUUUUUUUUUUAAAUGAUCUCAGUUGGCUUUAUUACAAUUCUAGAAUUGGGCAACAUAUCUUUCCAUAAAAUAGAGUAAAUGUUCCCACAUGCUAUGUUUUUAAAGUACUUGGUAGCAAUUUAUUCUCUGAAUUAGCUUCAGUAUUCUUGUAUUCUUGCAUAGAUUAUCUAAACUCUUUCCAGAGCUACUUUAAUGAUAUCCAGCCAAACGGUCUAAAAUUUAGUCUAAAUUGUCUCAGAUUUCAAAUUAGAAAAGUUCAAAUUAAUGAUGUUUAAUUGUAUUAUGUAAAUAAAAUCUUCUAAACUUA